CAUCCAUUAUUGCUGUGUAACAACCAACCCAAAGUCACAGUGACAUGCAACAGGAGUCAUGUCUCAUUCACACAUCUGCGUGACUGGUCGGUGGCUCAGCUCCCGGCAGCAAGUCUGCAGGUUGACUGGGUCAGUUCUGCAAUAUAUGAACUUACACUGGCACCCAGAAGCAAGGAACAGCACUUUAGGCAAUCUCCUCAUGGCAGAAGACAGAGGUCUUGGAAAACAGGAACAAGUGGAGCUCACAGCAAAUGCUAGGCUCAUAACUGGCACACUGUUACCUGCCCGCAUCCCUUUCCAAAGCAAGUCACAUGGCCAACUUCAGUAUCAGUGCCCUACUUUGUCAAUGUGUUACCCCAGAUUUGGCUUCCUCUGAGAAAGAGGAGAAUUAUUUUUCUAGCUCCUCGUGAUAUUCCGGAGUAUUGUUCAAAACAUGCUAAAUCUCUCCUGCCAAUGCACCAGGCUACCCAGCGGCCAGCAGGGAGCGCCCAGGGUUCCUGGCCAGGACUAGCCCCGCAACUGUGCCCUUUGGAGCCGGGGCGGGUCCCGCUGCGGAGCCAGCAAACCCAGGCGCCUGUGGCCCCGGGGCUUUGGUCUCUUGGCCCCAACCAUGGAGCCCCCGGCGCCCCGAGAGGUGCACAUGAGCCAGGCCAUCCAGCCCGCGCAUGCCAACCCCCGCGGCGAGCUGAGCGCCGGGCAGUUGCUCAAGUGGAUCGACGCCACCGCCUGCCUGGCGGCUGAAAAACACGCUGGGGUUUCCUGUGUAACAGCCUCAGUGGAUGACAUACAAUUUGAAGAGACUGCUAAAGUUGGACAAGUUAUAACCAUCAAAGCAAAAGUUAGCAGAGCUUUCAGCACAAGCAUGGAGAUUAGCAUCAAGGUCAUAGUCCAGGACAUGCUCACUGGCAAUGAGAAACUUGUGAGUGUGGCUUUCUCUACAUUUGUAGCCAAACCAGUUGGGGAAAAAAAGAUUAAUUUAAAACCAGUCACACUUCUAAAUGAACAAGAUCGUAUAGAACAUAAUCUGGCUUCUGAAAGAAGGAAAGUUCGAUUACAACAUGAAGACACCUUUAAAAAUUUGAUGAAGGAAAGUAGCAAAUUUGAUGAUCCUGUUUUCGAUGAAGAGGAAGGAAGGAUUUCCACAAGGGGAACCUCUGUUCAGAGCAUUGAACUUGUACUUCCACCCCAUGCAAACCAUCAUGGAAAUACAUUUGGUGGCCAGAUUAUGGCCUGGAUGGAGACGGUGGCAACUAUUUCUGCAAGCCGCCUAUGUAGGGCACAUCCCUUUCUGAAAUCUGUGGACAUGUUUAAGUUUCGGGGACCAUCUACAGUUGGGGACCGGCUUGUCUUCAAUGCCAUUGUCAACAACACAUUUCGGAACUGCGUGGAGGUGGGUGUGCGCGUGGAGGCCUUUGACUGUCAGGAGUGGUCUGAGGGCAGAGGCAGACACAUCAACAGUGCUUUUCUCAUUUACCAUGCUGUCAACGAUAAGGAAGAACUGGUCACAUUUCCCAGAAUCAAACCCACCUCAAAGGAUGAUUUUAGACGAUACAGGGGAGCUAUUGCACGCAAAAGAAUUCGCCUAGGCAGAAAAUAUUUUAUUUCCCACAAAGAAGUGGUUCCGUUCUGUGUACACUGGGAUGUAAACAACCAGGAAUCCUUGAGUAAUAGCAACGUGGAGGCUCUCAAAACAUUGGCGGCCAAAAGUGGCUGGGAGGUUACCAGCCUUGGGGAAAAGAUAAAAAUAUAUACUCUGGAAGAACAUGAUAUUUUAUCUGUUUGGGUUGAAAAGCAUGUGGAAAGACCAGCACACUUGGCUUAUCAUCUGUUAUCUGACUUUACCAAGAGGCCUUUGUGGGACCCCCACUACAUGUCCUGUGAGGUCAUAGACUGUGUGAGUGAAGAUAAUCAGAUAUAUCACAUCAUCUGUCCUAAUGUGAAUGAUGAAAAACCCAAAGACUUGGUAGUGCUUGUAUCACGAAGAAGACCUAUCAAAGAUGGUAACAUUUUCACAGUGGCAAUGAAGUCAAUUAUUCUGCCGUCAGUCCCACCUUCUCCACGGUACAUCAGAAGUGAAAUCACAUGUGCUGGAUUUCUCAUCCAUGCUAUUGACAGCAGUUCAUGCACUGUGUCUUACUUUAACCAGAUUUCUGCUAGCAUCUUUCCUUACUUUGCUGGAAAUCUUGGUGGCUGGUCAAAGUCCAUUGAAGAGACAGCAACCUCCUGUAUACAAUUUAUAGAGAAUACUGCUCAUGAUGGGUUAAUAAGAACAUUUUGAAUGAUAAACUUCCAAUUGCCAUAAUUUGAUUUCUCACUUUUUUCAACAAGAACCCUUAGCCUUGACACUUGCAAGCUUUUGGGACAAAAAAUAAUUUGAUCAGCCUAAGCCAAAUACAGCUAGGAGGAGGUUAAGAAACAAACGGCAUCUCAAA